AUGUCAUCCAGGAAGGACAAAGCCCAGCAGUUCCUCUCAAACAUGCACAAUAUGCUCCUCCGUGCUCAGAGAGAUGCAGAGAUCCAGGGUUCCCAUCAUCAGGAUGAGAGCAAUGCUCUCACUGAUGAGAUCAGUUGUCUAAAAGAAGACACCUCUCAUUAUCGCAUUGAAUGCAAUGAACAUUGUUCUGAGAAUGAUCAGCUGAAGGGCAAGCUGUCCGCUUUCAACAGCACCCCUCAUCCUCCCCCUCCCCACCCCCCUCUCCCUUCUGCUGCUUGCAAGGCAGCUCCUCCUCCUGCCUCUCACAAGGCAGAUGGCUUAUAUGACGUCCUGAUGAACAUCAGCCCUAUUGAGGAGGCCCCAGCAGCCAUACCAAUGACCUCCGCUGUUGCAAAGGUCUCCACUGUCAUGAGGGUUCCUCCUGUCACAAAGGCCUCUGCGGUCGCCCUUGGUAAACAUCCUGCUGUGGACAAGCUCCCAUCCGUGCACCUGCAGAAGAUGCAGUCUCUUGUGACUGCUACAUCCUCCUCCCACAUCUCUGCCGUUGGCAAGACAUACAGUGCAGUGGUUGCCAGCUCAUCUGGCAAAUCAUCCAGUCAAAAGGAUGAGACAGUGUAUACCUUGCCACCACAAUUUGCCCCUAUGGGCAUUGCCUUCACUGGCAGCAAAUGCCUGCCACAUGGCCUCCCUCCUUAUGAUAAGGAGAACCUGUGGGAGUACAUCCUGACUCCCAGACACUUAGGUGCUAUCCAUGAGCACGAUCCACCUUGCUGGGCAAGGUGCCUGGAGACAGCAGACACCUACUGGGCUGUCCAACCCCAUUAUGGGUCCCUGUUUGGACUACUCUGGUCCAAGUUUAACAAGAUGCUUGGUCAAAUUGGGACUGAAAUAAACCCCCAUGCUAAUAAGGGGGCAGGUGUUUGCUGCUCAUGGGAUGGACACUUUUACAUCCCCAACCUCUGUCUCUGGAAGUUUCUCAAGGAUCAUUGUCCCCACAAUGAUAACAAGUUGUUCAUUUGCGGAGAUGUGAGCACAUUCUACAAGGUCUGCACAGACCUCUUCUCCUCUGAAGACUGCUUCAAGGACCUUGCCCAUGCAGCAAAAAUCCCUGAGCUCCCCAUGCCCCAUUGGAGCACAUCUGCAUGCUUCCAGCAUGCCCUUCACAUAGUCAAUGGCCAGUGCACCUGGGACAUCAUCACUGUCACACAUGAGUUUGCAGCCAGCAGGCUGCAAGGAGGGAAACUGGCCACAUGGGUCAGCUACUUUGGCCAUAGGGCCAGGAAGGUGCAGCAUGUUGGUGGCUCCUUCUGCAAGCACAUCCUCGACAAGGAUGCAGCAAAGGCACUUCUGGCCUUUGAUACCCAGAACAAUUCACUCUGGAUGCAGGUGUAUCAGUCUGCAAUUGUUCCACCUUCCCAGGUGGAUCUUCCUCCAUUGGGCUUGAAACCAGAAGGUUUCCUCUGGAGCAAUGAAUGCACCUCUGCUAUUGCAGGGCCAUUGCAUGUUGACAUCCCUUCUGAGAAGGAUGUCUCUCUUGAUUACAGUUCUGACAACUGUGAUGGAUACAACAAAGGUCUCUAA